AUGGACGACGCCACGAAGAUGUGCGAAGAUCUCAGAGCGAGACUUCGACGCUACGAUGUGAAUUAUUUCCUGGACUUAAUGGCCAAGAAUGAUCCCACCCCGACUCCCGAGAAGGACUUAGCAACUUCGCCAGCGCCUGUGCCCGCUCCCGAGCCCAGCGCCCCCGAAACAUCUGAGACUGAAGAGCCUGUGCUCGUUCCCGAGCCCAGCGUUCCUGAAACAACAGAAUCUGAUGAGGAUGCCUCGGCAUCCGAAACAGCGUUCCCAGAUAUUCCCUCCACUAAGCCUCCAUCCAAGAAGAGAAGGAAGAAAAAGAAGACGAAAGCAGCCAAGAAAAUCAAAGCCUCUCCCUCAGCUAAGCCUACUGCCUGCCAACCACCUUCCACUGCUCUUCCACCGCCGGAGUCACCCCCACCAGCCCCGACGGAGACCACCGAGGAAGAUCCCACCGACGCCGCACCUUCCAGGCCCAUUUAUAGGGCCAGCAAAUAA